AUGGCAAGAAAAAUUAAGAUCUACUUUGUUUUGAAGUUCAUUACUAGUGGAGCGCUUUUCGAUAAAAUUUCAAGCAAUGCAAGAUUAAAGGAAGAUGAAGCGAGGAAGUACUUCCAACGGUUUAUUAAUGUUGUGGACUAUUGCCAUAGCAGAGGAGUUUAUCACAGAGACCUUAAGCCAGAGAAUUUGCUUUUGGAUGCAAAUGGUGCUCUGAAAUUGUCUGACUUUGGAUUGAGCGUUCUACCUCAGCAAGUCCGAGCGAGCAUUGAUAUAUACUGUGGCCCCUGA